UGCCCAACCCUGGGUGCAGGAAGCACCGUCUCUCCCCUCCGGCCUUUCGCCAGCUGCCAUGGCUGCUGCAGGGGGACCAGGGGCCCGGCGGGGCCCCUUCGCCCUGGGCGCCGCCGCUCGGCGCUCGCUGGACAAGGCCCUACAGGGGCUGGAGAAGUUGCAGCGGCUGGUGGAGCAGCCGGGGCUGGGGCUGAGGAACAGCCCCCCCUGCCUGCUCCAGCUCCUGCCCCAGAUGCGCCAGCACCUGCUGCUGAUCCGGGGCCAGCCUGGGGCCAGCCUGAGCUGCCUCUGGGAGGCCGGCUACUUCCCUGUCUACAUCAACAACCUGCAGCGCAAGGUCAAGCAGGCCACCAAGCUCUUCAAGGGAGACCCGGCCGGAAUUUUCCAGGAGGGGUCGGCCUCCAGGAGGAUGCUGACCAAGCUGUCGCUGAUCUUCAGCCACAUGCUGGGGGAGCUCCGAGCCCUGAUCCCCAACGGGCAGGACGAGGGGCACCAGUACCAGCCCAGCCAGCCGCCCGCCAAGGCCUUCUGGAGAGGGACAUGGGGGGCACGGAGCCUGGUGUCGUGGAGCGAGUUCCAGGCAGGGCUGCAGCGGGUUCACCCCGUGGCGCCCGGCCCCAUGGCCGCGGCCCUGAGAGCCACCAUGGACCUGACCUGCAGCGACCAUGUGUCCAUCUUCGAGUUCGACAUCUUCACUCGCCUCUUCCAGCCCUGGCCCACGCUGCUAAAGAACUGGACCCACCUGGCAGUGACGCACCCGGGCUACGUGGCCUUCCUGACCUACGACGAAGUGAGGGCGCGGCUGCAAACCUACUGCAACAAGCCGGGCAGCUAUGUGUUUCGGCUCAGUUGCACGCGGCUGGGGCAGUGGGCCAUCGGCUACGUGAGCCGGGACGGGAGCAUCCUGCAGACCAUCCCCCAGGACAGACCCCUCUUCCAGGCUCUGAUCGAGGGGCACAAGGAGGGCUUUUACCUGUAUCCAGAUGGGAAGAACGUGAAUCCGGACCUGACGGAGCUGACAGAACCGACGGCUCAGAACCGGAUCGAGGUCUCACCGGACCAAGCCCAGCUCUACUCCCAGAUGGGAUCCACCUUCCAGCUCUGUAAAAUCUGCGCUGAGAACGACAAGGAUGUUCGGCUCCAGCCAUGUGGGCACCUGCUGUGCAGGGACUGCCUGAACGCCUGGCAGCAAGUGCAGACCCCGACCUGCCCCUUCUGCCGCCGGGAGAUCCAGGGGCAUGAGGAGAUUCGCAUCGACCCCGUCGGCGGGCAGGGGGCGGGGGCGGCUCCGGAUGAGGAUGACGACGACCUGGAGGAUGUGGAGUCGGUGCUGCGGGAGCUGGCGGCCCUGAGGAAGGCAGGGCAUCCUGCAUUCCCCCCCUGCCUGGACCCUGAGGUGCCUGGUCCUCCCGUCCCCCCCCGGCUGGAUCUGCUCCAGCCCAGGGACCCGGACCCCACAGCCCAGGUGACCAGAGAACCCAGGAGACCGGGUGACUCCAGCUCAGCUCCCCGCACAGCACAGCCAGGGUCACCCCCCCAGGACUCCCAGCCAGACCCUUGCAGACCCCCCCAGGACCCACCGCCAGCGAGGGGGAGGGGUGACCCUGUACUGACCCUGGGGCCUCGACCCAUGGCCUCCUAUGGACGGCUGAGUCCCAGGCCCCCAGUCAGUACCGCACAGAGACCCCCCGACCGAUGACCCAGAGACCAGCCAGACCCCAGAAAGACGCGACACUUGUGGGAUCCACGGCUGGGGGGAUUGAGCGGCACCGGGGUGGGGGCUGGGGAUUGUUUAACUGGGGGGUGUCUGGACUCCUGCAACUCAAAGAGAAGCAAUAAAACAGGUGAAAGGA